CAGGUUUUCUCUUUUUUCUUUUCCUUCCUUUUCCCUUCGUUUUUCACUUUAUUCAAUUUCUUCCUGCUUUCAUUCGCUUUUUCUUUUUUCUUUUCACCAUUUAAAACAGCGGUCAUCCUUAAUCAUUCCCACGAUGCAGGAUCGUUCAGACAAGGUCGCGCUCGACUACAUUUCACAUCUAAUCUUGACUGCACCUACAAGGGAGAUCUAUCAUGCGUCAGUUUCCUGGUUCGAGCGGCUCGGCCUCAAAGCCAUCAUGACCGAGUCCUCCGCGGGAACCACUGCUACAUGGCUGCAACUCUUUUCGAGCUCGGAAGCAAUGAAUGAUGUAUCUAUCAAACUCGUAUAUUCGCCUUCAGGCCUCCGUAAGCAGGCCCACUCGAGCAAGAUGGAUUGGCGAAGUGUGCCCGCCAUUGCCACAAUCAUUACAAACACACUGCAGGAACUUGAAGUCCUUCUUUCAAGUAUGCCAUGGGCCUAUCAAAGAUACACAGUCCCCUCGAAAAACGCUUCGGAGUCCAAUGAGUAUUCCGCCAUUUAUACUCAUGAUCCCAUGAAUAAUUUAUUGAUCUUCACCGACAAGCCCAACCCCUUUGGAUCUAAGCAUAAGCCUAAACACAUGCAUGAAGAAUCCGAAAGUGCCGCUCAAGAGCAGCCCAAAGAGGCUCUGGAAACUACGAGCGGUAAAAGGCGCAAGAUUGCCAUUUUGACAUCAGGAGGAGAUGCUCCUGGGAUGAAUGCUGCCGUCCGUGGGGUCGUUAGGACUGCAAUAAUGCGAGGAUGUGAUGCCUACGCUGUUCACGAAGGCUACCAAGGUCUAGUGGAUGGCGGUGACAUGAUCAAAAAGAUGGGCUGGGAUGAUGUACAGGGGUAUUUGACUACCGGUGGUACUGUAAUUGGCACAGCGCGUUGCAAGGCGUUCCGUGAGCGAUGGGGCCGCCUCAAGGCUGCCAAAAACUUAGUCAAGAACGGCAUUGAUGCUCUGGUUGUCUGUGGAGGAGAUGGUUCCUUGACUGGAGCAGAUCUCUUCAGAGGAGAAUGGCCCGAUCUUCUUGAGGAACUUGUCCAGACCAAUGAGCUGACAAAAGAUGAGGCUGCAACAUUUAGUCAUCUCAACAUUGUAGGCCUUGUGGGUUCUAUCGACAAUGACAUGUCUUCUACUGAUAUCACUAUCGGCGCUGUCACGUGUCUGCAUAGAAUCUGCGAGAGUAUCGACUCUAUCUCUAGUACUGCCUCCAGCCAUUCUCGUGCAUUCGUGGUUGAGGUCAUGGGUCGCCACUGUGGAUGGCUAGCGCUGAUGGCAGGUAUUGCCACUGGUGCUGAUUUCAUUUUUAUUCCGGAGCGUCCUCCUUCUGGGGAUAACUGGCAGGAUGAAAUGUGUGCGGAUAUCAAGAAGCACCGUGAUUUGGGUAAACGUAAGACGAUUGUUAUUGUUUGCGAGGGGGCCAUUGAUAGCAACCUCCAGCCCAUUACUGCAAAAGAUUUGAAGGAUCUUUUGACAGACCGUCUGCACUUGGACACUCGUAUGACGAUUUUGGGACACGUUCAGCGUGGAGGCAAGCCUUGUGCUUUUGACCGCAAUUUAGCAACUAUACAAGGAAUUGAGGCUGUCGAAGCUGUCUUGGCUAGCAAACCCGAUGUUCCAAGCCCUAUGAUCGCCAUGUGCGAGAACAGGACCAAAAGAAUCGAUCUUAUGAAGGCCGUCGCUUUGACUGGUGAAGUAGCCAAGGCAAUUGGACGUAAAGACUUUGUGGCCGCAAUGCAGCUUCGCGAUCCGGCGUUCAACGAGCAAUAUGAACAGUAUGUUGCAACAACUCAGGCCCAUUCAACAAAUGCGGAGAAGAAAAAUGGCCAUUCACUACGCAUUGGUAUCAUCAAUGUUGGGGCUCCCGCCGGAGGAAUGAAUGCUGCGGUGCGCACUGCGGUUCGUUAUGCUCUCAACCGUGGUCAUGUACCCUUUGCUAUUAACAAUGGGUUCCCUGGUCUGAUUGCAGGCCAAGUUAGGGAGAUGAAGUGGAUGGAUGUAGAUGGCUGGAUGUCUCACGGAGGAAGUGAACUUGGAACAAACCGUGACCAGCCGUCCCUAGACCUUGGUAUGGUCUCGUACCAGCUUCAAAAAUUCAACAUCCAGGGCCUGUUAUUGAUUGGAGGGUUCGAAGCAUAUACUGCUUGCCUUGAAAUGUAUAAUUCUCGUGAUUCAUACCCUGCCUUCUGCAUGCCUAUGGUCCACAUCCCUGCGACAAUCAGCAACAAUGUGCCUGGAACUGAAUAUAGUUUGGGAUGUGAUACAAGUCUGAACGCCAUUAUGGAAUCGUGUGAUGCUCUCAAACAAAGCGCUACAGCCAGCCGGAAGCGUGUAUUCGUCGUUGAGGUUCAUGGUGGAAAGACAGGUUUCUUGGCGGUCAUGUCUGGUUUAGCUGUGGGUGCAACUUCAGUGUACAUCCCUGAAGAAGGUAUCAACCUUACACGUUUACAGAAGGAUGUCCGUCACCUAUGUCAACGCUAUGCUGAGGAUGCUGAGGGCAGAUCUCAAGGGCGAGUCAUUAUUCGUUCUGAAUCAGCAUCCAAGACGUACACGACGGAUAUUGUCUCUGCUAUCAUCAAAGAGGAAGGCCAUCAGCAAUUUGAUUCUAGGACAGCCAUUUUAGGACAUAUUCAGCAAGGCAACUCACCUUCUCCUUUGGAUCGUGUUCGUGCCAUGAGGCUUUCUGUUUGUGCGAUUGAUUUUAUAGAAGAACACGUCUCUGGUCUCUCUUCGUCAUCUUCAAUCAGCUCCAGUUCAUCUUCGGCAGGACCCGAAGUAUACAACAAGGAUCCUGAAAGCAUCGCAGUUGCCGGCAUUCAUGGCAACAAAGUCAACUUUACAAGCGUUGAGGCUCUUCAAAGACAUACAGACAUGAAAAACCGCAAGCCUAUGCAAUCCUGGUGGAUGGACUGCAAAGACAUGUGUAAUUUACUUGCACGAAGAACCGACUUGCUAUAAUUCUACAUCCAUUGAUCGAAAUAAAAAUAAAGCUCAGGUGUUGUAAAUAGUAGAUAUAUCUUUGUUUAAGGGGCAAAAAGAUAGACGUAAAAUCAGGACAGGACAGGACAGGACAAAAAGUGUUAACAAAAAUAACAAAAGGAAAUAAAGACAAAUAACCUUGACGACAAAUAGCGCCAUAC